GGUUUUAUUUACGUUCUGUUGCUGCUUCCUGUGGCGUUGAGGAAUUGGCCACUGAAAUACAGCUUCCGAUCAGCUUAUAUAUAAAGGCGUUCGGCAGGUUCCGGUUGUGGCAUUAACUUGCUUGUAGAUAUCUUCGUUCAGAGUGGAUUUGGCGAGACUUUCACGAUAAUAUCAACGACCGGAGUAAGGUCUUCCCGUAAACAAAUUGCCUUAUCAUUAUCGUACGUGUGGUGAGGUGUGCCGACGAUGAAACCGACCGGUGACGUGUUGGCCGCCCUGCGCAAGCGGAUGAAAAGCCUGCCGAACAAUCUCGGCACGAUCAACGCGUACAUCAUACCGUCGAACGAUGCACACCAGAGCGAAUACCUGGCGGCACGGGACGAACGGCGUGCGUUUGUGUCCGGGUUUGAUGGGAGCGCCGGCACGGCGGUGGUGACCGAGCGUGAAGCGCUGCUGUGGACCGACGGUCGCUACUAUCAGCAGGCAACGAAGCAGCUCGACACGAACUGGACGCUGAUGCGGGACGGUCUACCGACCACACCGUCGAUCGAUGCGUGGCUUGCGAAAGCCCUCCAGCCCGGUUCGAGGGUGGGUGUCGAUGCGAACCUGAUCACUGCUGCCGCCUGGACACCGCUACAAACGUCGCUGAAGACGGCCGGUUGCACACUGCUGCCGGUUACGCCGAAUCUGGUCGAUCUGCUGUGGACGGAUCAACCAGCAGUGCCGCACAAUCCGCUGCUUCCGCUAGCAACCACCUUCACCGGGGCAACGGUGGCGGAGAAGCUCGCUACGGUGCGGGAAAAGCUGACGGACAAGCGUGCGUCCGUGCUGGUGGUGAGCGCGCUGGAUGAGAUCGCAUGGCUGCUGAAUCUGCGUGGCAGUGACAUUGAUUACAAUCCCGUGUUCUUCUCGUACGUGAUCGUGACCCCGGACGUGCUGUAUCUGUUUAUCGAUCCGGCCCAGAUGCAGCCCCAAGUGGAAGAACACUUCCGGGCAAACGGUGUAACGGUGGAGGUGCGUGGGUACGGUGAAAUACAUACGGUGCUGAAGGAGCUGGCCGAGAGUAAGCCACCACCGGCCGGCGGUGGUCCACUGGUGUGGAUUAGCUCCGGUUCGAGCUACUCGCUGGUUGCGCUAGUGCCGGAGGAACGCCGAUUGCACGACAUUACGCCCAUCAACCUUAUGAAAGCGGUUAAGAACGAAACGGAAGCAAACGGUAUGCGGGAGUGUCACGUGCGCGACGGUGUCGCCCUCUGUCAGUACUUUGCCUGGCUGGAGCGCUGUAUGCGGGACGGCACGGCGGUGGACGAGAUCAGUGGGGCGUCCAAGCUGGAGGAGCUACGCAGCCGCCAGGCACACUACAAGGGCUUGAGCUUCACCACGAUCAGUGCUUCCGGACCGAACGGUUCGAUCAUCCACUAUCAUCCACUGCCGGAAACGAACCGCCCAAUAACAGCCGAGGAGCUGUAUUUGUGUGAUUCGGGUGCCCAGUAUCUCGAUGGCACCACCGAUGUCACACGCACGAUGCAUUUCGGUCAACCGACCGCGGAGGAGAUACGCGCCUUUACGCACGUGCUGAAGGGCCAGAUGGCGCUCGGUUGUGCUAUCUUUCCGCGCAAGGUGAAGGGCCAGUUUUUGGACACGAUCGCACGGAAAGCGCUCUGGGAUAUUGGGCUCGAUUAUGGGCACGGUACCGGCCACGGUAUUGGCCACUUUCUGAACGUACACGAGGGUCCAAUGGGCAUCGGCAUACGUCUGAUGCCGAACGAUCCAGGGCUCGAGGAGAAUAUGUUCCUUUCGAAUGAACCCGGCUACUACAAGGACGGAAAGUUUGGCAUACGCAUCGAGGAUAUCGUGCAGGUGGUGACGGCUAACGUUGGCUCCAACUUCGAUGGGCGUGGUGCGCUCACCUUCCGCACGAUCACGAUGUGCCCGAUCCAGACGCGCCUUAUCGACGUCAAACUGUUGACGGAGCGCGAACGCGACCAAUUGAAUGCGUACCAUCAAACCGUACUGGACACGCUCGGGCCAUUGCUGCGUGCCGCCAACGAUAUGGAAACGCUCGACUGGCUGGUGCGUGAAACGGCACCGAUUUAACAUGGUGCCGUACAACCACUGUUGCCACGGGUUAGGGCUUGUGUAGACUGUUUCGUGUUCACCACAUCAAAAUUAUGCGUUAUUAGUAUUAAUUCGUGAUUUUUUUUUUUAAAUUCGUUAUUUUGAUUCCGUCUACGAAUGUCUGUAGAAUGUUUAGGUUAUCACCAGAGAUUAACACUAGCACGAUCAGGAAUACGAAAGUCUCGCUACGUUCCGUACUGGUCCAGACGAUGAUAAUGAUUGAGGGCGAAUAUUUCAAAUUUCACUCGUUUCUAAUUUUAUUUCUGCUAAUAGUUAUCUUCAGUUACGGUUAGUUACGUUAGUUACGCCAAAAUGAACUUACCAUACUUUUUAAAGUAAAAAAAAAGUUAUGAAAAACGGCUGCAUUGCACUGUUUUUUUUUUCUGUUAUUAAAAAUACUGUAAAUUGUAGCGUGAAAUUUGAAAUAUUCUCCUCCCUCAAAUCAUGAUCAGCCGUUUUGACUUCUCGAACAGCAAUUAGAGGUCCAACAGCAUCAAUCAUUUCCGAUUCCCCAGGUGCGCAGUUUUGUUUCACUUUAUGGAAAUACAUAUUUUGAAAGCCACAAAAUGCCUGAGAUAAACAAGAAAACACAUAGUUUCGUGCAAAGUGUGGUGAAAGUUUUACAUUUUAAAAGACCUUUAACAAUCGUUCGUCGUAGAUUUUGGAUGUAAAUUGUGUGAAUUUUUGAAUUAAAGCUAUUAAACUAGCUAUAGAAAAUAUUGAGACCAUAACAAUUUGCCAAUUUCGGUUAAAUUGAGUUAAAGCAGUGAUACAAUUUUAUGAACCUUAUUUAUUAGAGCUUAUUUUAUUACACAAUUCUAUGC